CUUACCCCAACCAUCUGUCCUGUCAGGAAUACAUUCCUCUCGUCACCGCAUCAUGGGGACAUACGCCGAUGACGGUAACCAAGAGUUCCUGCCCAUGAGCCGCUCGAGGACCGCGUCGCAGUCAUCCUCCGAUUCGGACCUCUCCGUCGACACGCCGUUCCCCGAAGAAUCCAAGUACACCGCCCACGCGACCGAACCCCUAACCUCCAAUUCAGGGGAAGAUGCGAGAUACCGAGACGUGGAGGAAGGAGAGCCGCAGCCUGAUGAGCCAUUUCUACCCUCCUCGCAGAAGAAGUCAACUGCGUCUGGACGUCGAACCUCGCGGAUCAUCUGGGGACUGGCUAUACUCUGCGUGGCGGGCUGGCUCUGGGGAUUGGCGCUGUUCGUGGCUCAGAAGCGAUCCGGCGACCUUAGCGUCUCCGAGGCACUGCAGUCGCACGACUUCAGCCCCUUCUCGGACAGCACGAGUUCCGGGAAGCCGGUCACGCUUGAGCAGGUGCUCACGGGCCAAUGGCAGCCGAUGUCCCAUGCCAUCUCCUGGAUUGCUGGACCCGAUGGAGAAGAUGGACUACUGGUAGAACGGGGAGAGGGUGAAGGCGAGGCUUAUCUGCGCGUGGAGGACAUUCGCAAUCGCAAGAAGAAUAUCAACAGCCAGGAAAGUCGCGUACUGAUGGAGAAGCCCACUGUGUAUGUAGAUGGGCGCUAUAUCGUCCCCUCCAUGACGUGGCCCAGUCCCGAUCUCAAGAAGGUACUGCUCUUAUCCGAUCGAGAGAAGAACUGGAGACAUUCAUACACGGGCAAGUACUGGAUUUUCGACGUCGAUACCCAAACGGCGCAGGCACUGGACCCCAGCGACCUCGACGGACGAGUCCAGCUCGCCGUCUGGUCGCCGGCUUCCGAUGCUGUGGUCUUCGCCAGGGGGAACAACCUUUACUUGCGAAAGUUGUCGUCGGCUGGGGUUAUCCAGAUCACAAAGGACGGCGGUGCGGACCUUUUCUACGGGGUCCCUGACUGGGUUUAUGAAGAGGAAGUGAUCUCCGGCAAUAGUGUAACCUGGUGGUCGAGUGGUGGCGAGUACCUCGCUUUCCUUCGCACCAACGAGUCCUCUGUGCCCGAGUUUCCCGUCCAGUACCACCUCUCGAGGCCAUCUGGCAAACAGCCGCUUCCAGGUCUCGAAAAUUAUCCGGAGGUCAGAGAGAUCAAGUACCCCAAGCCGGGUGCUCCUAAUCCUGUUGUCAACCUGCAGUUCUACGAUGUUGAGAAGCAGCAAGUGUUCACAGUUGACAUUCCCGACGAGUUCAGCGAUGAAGAUCGCAUCAUUAUCGAAGUGGUUUGGGCUGGUGCGGAGAAAGUCAUCGUGCGAACCACAAAUAGAGAGAGUGAUAUUCUGAAAGUGUUCCUGAUUGACACCAAAGCGCGCAGUGGUAAACUUGUUCGAACGGAAGAUGUUGCUAGCAUCGACGGCGGCUGGGUUGAGCCAUCUCAAUUCACCCGAUUUAUCCCUGCCGAUCCGAGCAAUGGCCGGCCUCACGAUGGCUACCUUGACACUGUGAUUCACAAUGGUUUUGACCAUCUCGCAUACUUUGCGCCUCUCGAUAAUUCCGAGCCAGUCAUGCUCACUACAGGCGAAUGGGAGGUGGUCGAAGCGCCUGCUGCCGUUGACCCCCAUCGUGGCGUCGUCUACUUUAUUGCUACCAAAGAAGCUCCGACUCAACGCCAUCUAUACCAAGUCAACUUCGAUGGUUCCAAUCUCAAGCCUCUCACAGAUGUUUCCAAGCCAGGCUACUACGAUGUUUCCUUUUCUCAAGGUACCGGGUAUGCGCUGCUCAGUUACAAGGGUCCUUCCAUCCCAUGGCAAGCAAUUGUCAACACGGAGACAGACGAAAUUAUUCUCGAAGAGACCAUCGAAGAUAACGCCGGCCUCGCUCGCAUGGUCGAGACCUACGCCAUUCCGACAGAAAUCUAUCAGAAUGUCACGAUUGACGGCUUCACGCUCCAGGUCGUCGAACGCCGCCCUCCCCACUUCAACCCGGCCAAGAAGUACCCUGUCCUUUUCUACCUGUACGGUGGGCCUGGCUCGCAGACAGUCGAUCGCAAAUUCACAGUCGAUUUUCAGGCGUACAUCGCCUCUAGCCUGGGCUACAUCGUCGUCACCGUUGACGGCCGAGGCACGGGCUACAUUGGUCGCAAAGCACGAUGUAUCGUCCGUGGCAACAUAGGUUACUAUGAAGCUCACGAUCAGAUUGCGACGGCCAAGAUCUGGGCUCAGAAGACAUACGUGGACGCAAGUCGAAUGGCGAUCUGGGGCUGGAGCUAUGGCGGAUUCAUGACCUUGAAGACCCUCGAGCAAGACGCCGGACAGACGUUUCAGUACGGCAUGGCUGUUGCACCCGUGACUGACUGGCGAUUCUACGACUCUAUCUACACGGAACGCUACAUGCAUACUCCCGACCACAAUCCCACCGGAUACGACAACUCCUCUAUCUCAGACAUGUCCGCUCUCCAGGAAACUGUGCGGUUCCUUGUCAUGCAUGGUUCCUCGGAUGACAAUGUCCAUCUCCAGAACACUCUUGUCUUGGUUGAUAAGCUGGACUUGGCUAGUGUUGAGAACUAUGAUCUGCAUGUUUAUCCGGAUUCAGACCACAAUAUUGCAUUCCAUAAUGCGCAUACUAUGGUGUAUGAGCGUCUCUCCAGCUGGCUCAUCAAUGCAUUUAAUGACGAGUGGCAUCGUAUCGACCAUCCCGUCCCGGAUGAGUCAAUGUGGGGCCGGAUCAAGCGCUCGUUGCCCAUCCUGGCACAUUGAGGUAGAACUCAAAGUUCACGGGAUAUACCUUACAUCUCUUCUUCUGCUUUCUCUGUAUAUACAUGCUCUGUACUGGAAAUUUUUCUUCUUCAGCUCUCUACACUAUCCUUGCACUCCCGUGUCCGUAUCAUUGGCACUAGCUCGACUCAUCAUGCAGUGUCGGCGCCGUCUGUGCUUAGCGGGACUUCCGCCACCCAGAGGCAAGUGGUCCGAGGGUGAUGGGCCCGACACACAGGCGGGCCAGUCGGAAUGCCAAGGCCUGACAGAUGCUGAUCCUCCAGGAGCGAUCCCGGCUUGAGUCACGAUAGUCCCAAGAUAAAGUGAUGGAGGCAGUCGAACCCCGCGAGGGCUACCCGCGCGCCGGGUUGCAUCUCGCCUAUCUUUGCUGGGUCACGAUCGUAGCCUCCGUCUCCAGUCUCUGCUGGGCAACUGGAGUGAGUUCCGAGUCCGUUCCCCGAUCUUCG